AUGUGCAAUUCUGCCAGGGUCAAUUUUGAGCUGCUGAACCAACGAGAGUGGCCAGGCCCCUGCACCCACCUGUGCCUCCCCUGCGGCCCCGGGGAAGAAGGGCGCUGCUUCGGGCCCAGCAUCUGCUGCGCGGACGAGCUGGGCUGCUUCGUGGGCACGGCCGAGGCGCUGCGCUGCCAGCAGGAGAACUACCUGCCGACGCCCUGCCAGUCCGGCACGAAGCCCUGCGGGAGCGGGGGUCGCUGCACCGCCGCCGGCUUCUGCUGCGACACCGAGAGCUGCGUGGCCCAGCCCGAGUGCCGCGCCAGCGACGGGAGCAACGCCACGCGGCUGGACGCGCCCGCCGGGGCCUUGCUGCUGCGACUGGUGCAACUGGCGCGGGCGCCCGAGCUCGCCGAGCCCGCGCAGCCGGGCCGCUACUGA